AUGGAUAAGUUGGUUAGGAGCCAUGCUCUGGUGAUGCGCAGUAGAUCGCUCAUCUGGGCUCAGGGGGAUGCGUCGGGGGGAUGCGUCGGCCACAACCCUCCAGUUGUGGAACAGUUGGGUCCGAUGGGCCAGGCUGCACCCGUAGUGGCUGAUUAUCUCCUAUUUGAGUCCGUCAUAGGUAUCCGCAUGUUCAUAAUUAAGGUCCCAAUACACCAUUCCCGGCGAGGAACGGGGCCAGCAGGCUUGCUCACUUUGGCCUUCGCCAUUCUUCCCGUAGUGCUGUCCAUUCAAAUGUGCAAAGAUACUAAUCUGACGGCCUGCCACACAGCGGCGCUGCCAGGUGACCCAGGAGUGGAACCUCAAGGCACACCCGACCAGACCACACCAGACCACACCACACCACACCACACCAUACCAGACCACACCAAACCAGACCACAUCAGACCACACCAGACCAAACCAUACCAGACCACACCACAUCAGACCACAGCAGACCACACCAUACCAGACCACACCAGACCAGACCACAUCAGACCAUACCAUACCAGACCACACCAGACCAUACCAGACCACACCAUACCAGACCACACCAAACCAGACCACAUCAGACCACACCGACCAGACCAGACCACACCACACCACACCAUACCAGACCACACCAAACCAGACCACAUCAGACCACACCCGACCAGACCACACCAGACCACACCAGACCACACCACACCACACCACACCAUACCAGACCACACCAAACCAGACCACAUCAGACCACACCCGACCAGACCACACCAGACCACCAGACCACCACACCACACCAUACCAGACCACACCAAACCAGACCACAUCAGACCACAUCAGACCAAACCAUACCAGACCACACCACAUCAGACCACAGCAGACCACACCAUACCAGACCACACCAGACCAGACCACAUAAGACCAUACCAUACCAGACCACACCAGACCAGACCACAUCAGACCAUACCAGACCACACCAUACCAGACCACACCAAACCAGACCACAUCAGACCACACCCGACCAGACCACACCACACCACACCACACCAUACCAGACCACACCAAACCAGACCACAUCAGACCACACCAGACCAAACCAUACCAGACCACACCACAUCAGACCACAGCAGACCACACCAUACCAGACCACACCAGACCAGACCACAUCAGACCAUACCAUACCAGACCACACCAGACCAGACCACAUCAGACCAUACCAGACCACACCAUACCAGACCACACCAAACCAGACCACAUCAGACCACACCCGACCAGACCACACCAGACCACACCACACCACACCACACCAUACCAGACCACACCAAACCAGACCACAUCAGACCACACCAGACCAAACCAUACCAGACCACACCACAUCAGACCACAACCACACCAGACCAGACCACAUCAGACUACACCAGACCACACCACAUCAGACCCCACCAGACCACACCCGACCAGGCCACACCAGACCAGACCACAUCAGACCACACCAUACUAGACCACCAGACCACACCACACCAGACCAGACAACAUCAGACCACACCAUACUAG